AUGCGCAAAUUUCAAAUGCCAACCGUACAAACAAUCCUGAUGAUUACAAGAGUCAUUGCUAGUUUGACAAACUUGCCUCUCAUCAUUAAUAGUUCCAGAGUUCUCAGAAACAUCCACAAGGCCUUACUAGAGACUCAAACUUUACUACGCACUCAGGUUGCAAAUUUUACCUUCAACCUUGGAUUUUCAGGAAAAUUUUACCACACAGGAACCAUUGAAGAGGAUGAAGGUGAUGACCUAUUGCUAAAUUCUGUGGAUGAGUUCUGGUGGUUUCCACAUAUGUGGAGUCACAUGCAGCCACAUCUCUUCCAUAAUGAGUCGUCGCUGGUGGAGCAGAUGAUUCUCAACAAGGAAUUUGCACUAGAGCAUGGUAUUCCAACUGAUAUGGGCUAUGCAGUUGCUCCACACCAUUCUGGUGUCUAUCCUGUUCAUAUUCAGCUUUAUGAAGCCUGGAAGAAAGUGUGGGGUAUUAAAGUCACCAGCACUGAAGAGUACCCUCAUCUGAAACCUGCACGGUACAGACGGGGCUUCAUCCACAAUGGCAUCAUGGUUCUCCCUAGACAGACAUGUGGACUUUUCACCCAUACAAUCUUUUAUAAAGAAUAUCCUGGGGGGCCUCAAGAAUUAGACAAAAGCAUCCGAGGAGGCGAACUGUUUCUUACCAUCCUUCUCAACCCCAUCAGUAUCUUCAUGACUCACUUGUCCAACUACGGGAAUGACCGCUUGGGUUUGUACACCUUUGUCAAUCUGGCCAGCUUUGUUCAAAGCUGGACUAACCUGAAGUUCCAGACUCUGCGUCCAGUUCAGCUGGCUCACAAGUACUUUGAUCUUUUCCCCGAGCAAAAAGACCCACUGUGGCAGAAUCCAUGUGAUGACAGACGCCAUCGGGAUAUCUGGUCUAGAGAUAAAUCUUGUGAACACCUGCCAAAAUUUCUUGUGAUUGGUCCACAGAAAACAGGAACAACAGCACUUUAUUUAUUUCUUCUUAUGCAUCCUUCCAUCAUUAGUAAUCUCCCCAGUCCAAAAACCUUUGAAGAAGUUCAGUUCUUUAACGGAAACAACUACCACAAGGGAAUUGACUGGUAUAUGAAUUUUUUCCCUACCCCUUCUAAUACCACCACUGAUAUCGUAUUUGAGAAAAGUGCCAACUACUUCCAUUCAGAAGAAGCUCCCAGACGUGCUUCCUCCCUCAUUCCCAAGGCAAAACUCAUCACCAUUCUCAUUGAUCCAUCGGACCGAGCAUACUCCUGGUAUCAGCAUCAGCGUUCUCACGAAGACCCUGCUGCUUUGAAGUACAAUUUCUAUGAAGUGAUUACAUCAGAUAACUGGGCACCCCCUGAGUUAAAGACUCUACAGAAACGUUGCUUGACUCCUGGAUGGUAUGCGGUGCAUAUUGAAAGAUGGCUAACAUACUUUCCCACUUCACAGUUGCUCAUCAUUGAUGGACAGCAGCUCAGAAGUGACCCAGCUACUGUAAUGGAUGAAGUGCAGAAGUUUCUGGGAGUUUCUCCUCAUUAUAAUUACUCAGAAGCCCUAACGUUUGACCCUCAGAAAGGCUUUUGGUGUCAGCUGCUGGAGGGAGGAAAGACAAAAUGCCUGGGGAAAAGCAAAGGCCGAAAGUACCCACCAAUGGAUCAAGAGUCCAGGGCAUUCCUAUCAAACUACUACAGAGAUCACAAUGUAGAACUCUCCAAACUGCUGCACAGACUAGGACAGCCAUUACCAUCCUGGCUAAGACAAGAGCUUCAGAAAGUGAGAUAGCACGGAAGAUGGGAGGAGCCAAAACUCUCAUGGCCUGUUUUCUUUGCUCAA